GUAGAUAUCUGCGAUAUCAAACCCGAAUAUCGGUAUGAAUGUGGAUGGUUUGGAAUAGAUCAAGGAACAUGUGAGAAGAAAGGCUGUUGUUGGGACAGUACUCAUCCAGAUGCCCUCUUUUGCUACAACUCAAAACUCGGCCCACGUAAGUUUGUGAGCAUUUGAUUUAACUCUUUCUAGUAUCACCCAACUAGUAGACUAAUGCAUGCAAAUCCUGCAUUUUAAUUAACUGAGCAACUAGGAGGCUAUAAGUAAUAGUCCUUGAGUGGCGAAAUUCGGCGGGUUUGAAAACUGAUCAAAACAAUGGCGGCCGCUUCGCGUUUUGUCGAGCUUUCAAAUGAGUUUCUAGAUAAAUUGCUAGAGAAUUACAUACCAGAAAAGACUUAAACAGCAACGGAGUAUGGAAUGAAGAUAUUUAGUUGUAAGUUAACUUUUUUUUAUUGGACGAAAUUACAAGCAUUUAACAUGGUUUCGAUUUAACGGUUACCAUCAAUUCAAAACAAAUAACCUUUUUUCGAUCAAUGUUUUCAGUAUAUUGUCACAUUUUUUAUUACAGAAUUAUUUCCAGAUAAGACAAAAUUCAAAACAGUUAUACAAGAGAUGUAGAAGGAAGAGUUAAAUGAAUGUCUCACAAUAUUUUACGCCAAAUUUAAUUUUUCAUUUUACCUUCUAAAAAUCGUUUAUUGCGUAGCAUUUCGCGAUAUAUAGUGACCGAUUUCAGGGCGGAAAAACGUUCUGCGCAAGCUUCUGCGUAUCCCUUAUCGCUCAAGGCGGGCUUUUCUGUGUGUUGACUGUGUUUGUUUGUUGCUGGAGUUCUGAGUGAAGUGCACGAGGUGCGAACGUUUGCUCCCUGUAAAGCAUUUUUAUUUGACAUGUUUGCUUUUUUUUCGUCGCUUGAAAAUUACUUUGGAUUCAGAACAACCAAUGUUAAAGGAAAAACGGAUCAUUCCGUCAGUCUGAGGUGGAAUAAAAGGUUUUCAACAUUUUUUGAAGAGGCGAAUAUUUUUUCUGAUUGUGCAUCACAUCCGAUUAAUUUAUGAGUUGAACUGAAACCCGCUUGUAUUCUGUUAUUAGUAGUUACGCUUACUUUUUUUACACGCCCAGAUUUAUUACCUUUGCAGAACCAGCUUUAUCUUUGUCUUCCGUCAAAGAACCAUAUUGCUGUUAUAACGCAUCAGAGUGAACAAACUUGUGCGCUUAUUAAACUUUCUCGGAAAUAGAAGGCCAGCAAGCUUACUCAGGAUCAUUUUUCUGUUGCUCAAGUAAUAGUAGUCAGAGUUUUUUUCAUUUUUCAUUACAUAGUUUUGUUUUCCAGUUCACUGUGAAAGUUUAAGUUCUUUAUAAUAAUAACUUUCUAAGAAUAGGCAAAUUGUCCUUUUCACUCGCUGUGAAGUAGAGAACGACAACUGCUGGCAGUGACUUCAGAACAAUUGACUCUUUUCCGGUAAACAAUUGCUGUAGCAUUUGACUGAGGCGAGCAAAACAAACCCUUAUGUGCAAUUUUCUGUAUUUUGUAAUGAUCGACUGAGUUUAAUUUGCUUAAACGAAGACUCUCGCAUGGACCAGUUAACCUUAAAGUAGCUAAAUGGUGAAUCAUGGCUUGGCUGCCAAGUUACAACUGAUCUUUUGCUUUUAAGAUCUUUGGGUAGGUUGUUUUCGUACAGAAAAUUCAUUUCUUCUUUGUCAGCAAGAAGGUUUUGAAAUAAUGUAACUUUAACUUUGUUUGAAGGAAAUCCUACUUACGCGUAGGUUUUUGACAGAUGUUAUGCGUAUUCAACUUGACAACACAAAGCAAAAUUUAUAUGUCUGUUCGAAACGAGCAAGUUUAAAAAACUAUAGUUGCUUUGAAACCGAUUUUUGGGAAGAUUUUACUAGAUAAAGUUUGCCUUUUUUCUGCCCACAUGUCAACGCAAUAACUUCUACAUUGAGGAUUUUGUUUAUAUUUUAGUGAUCUGCGAAACUUCGAGUGUCCGAUCGAGCGAGGGUUUUAAAAUAUCAGCUCGCGUGCGACAAAAUUCAGUGACUUGAGACACAUUGUGGGCAAGCGUUAAUUUUUUGGGGCAAAUCACUGUCCAAAGAUAUGUUGAUUUUGUGUCCACAGUGGUGCUCCGGACCUUAUAUAUCCAGGAACUUCCUUAUAUGAACACAUUUUGUGAAUGCAUCUUGAAAAAAAUCGGACCUACGCAUGCACAUUUCCAGUACAACGCAAGGAAAUUAAUGUCGUUGAAGUCAGUUUUGCUAUGAGGUAUUCUUCGAGAAAAUUAAGUCAUAAGAAGAUUAUAACCACAGCUUGCAACUUUUGAAGGCAAGUUGCUUGUUCUUUCCAGGUUAAGAGUGGAAACGUUUUAUUAUUAGGCAAAAAAAGUUUUGAAAUUCCGCCAUUUUUUCAAGCCCGGCCAGGGGAUCUGGGCAAAAAAGUUCACGCAUGCACAUUACGUUUUUCCGCCCUGAAGUGACCGAUCACCCCAAAAGGGGACUGGAAACUAGACCUUAAAAGGCUUUUUUCUUAAAAACUAGCCAUACGACCUCAUCUCAAGAGGAUCUCAGGAUUUACUUAGUACGUAGAAAUUAUUGUUUUUAGAAAGAGAAAACUCCUGUAGAAAAUUUCAAAAGGCAAAAACGCAGAUAAAAUGGCCCAAGGUACGGAUAUUAGCAUGAAAGAUGAUAUUAUUAUUUUUACGUUAAAAGUUAACUGGAGGCUUGUGUAACUGUAUUAACCCUGGGACGUACAAGGAGGUUUUUCUGAGUUUUUUCCUAGAAGAUAAAACAUCAUCACCUGACGUUUUCAGUAGCUGUUCGUUUAUCCCUCGCACAAAUUUUGAGACAAGUUAAGUGAUUAUCAGUUUCUAUGGUUACGAGAUAUGACGUCAAAAGUAGUAGGUGGUCAAGCCAUUUUUGGGUAAAAAUACAUGUUUUUUUAACUUUUUUAACAAUAAAAGAAAAUAUUGUGGCUAAAAUCAUGCAAAGUACUUAUUUAUGUGUUAUUUUUCAUGUAAAGUACAAAAAAUUAAUAUUUCUCGCGGUUUUAACCUGAUUUCUAAUUCUUGGUAAAAUCUAAGAUGGCAGCCAAGAUGGCGACCAUUGUUGUUGACGUCACAUUCCUCUAGCAGCACAACUACCCUUAUCAUAUACCUCAUCUUGUUAAGAAAAUCAAAGGCUUUUCGCUAAACGUAAAAUCGGUUCGAAAUCCCUCAAACUCCGGGGAAGGGGUCCAUCCCCCCUGGGGGUAUGAAUUUGCGUCACGUCCGAGGGUAAAGGUAGUUAACAAUUUUCUAGUUCUAAGUCACUUUUGCUUCAGUCCUUGCAGUUCAUGAAAGUAUUGUGGGUCAUGGCACUAUUGUAAAGUUUUUUAUUGUUGUUUUUAAGAACAGUUUUGGUUGGAUUUCCACCGACUUCAAAUCUGGAUGAGUGAAUCAAAGAAUUUUCACAAGCUUUGCUUUUCUAUCACGUGUUUCAGAAACGUGUCGGUUAUGUGAAUUUUUAUUAUGCAAAUUUUGCGCAAUCGAGCUUGGUCCAUUACUUUCCCAAAUAUUUUUUUAACAAGUAUUUCUUAUCUUUAUAAUUGCUUUUUGUGCGACUAGCAGGGUGAAACAAAAACAAUUAGACCCUUCGCCCUCAAGGCCACAGGUCAACAUCCCAUGAGGCGAAUUGGCCCAUACCCCUUAGGGGCUAGUGGUCUAUCUCGAACCGGGGCACUUUAAAGAAGAUUAUCCACUCCAACGUUUUUAAAAAAACAAAAGAUUUUAUUUUUGCAAACGGACCGAUGAAAAUGAUUGUUGGCUCCUGUCAAGGUUCAACUAUGCAACCGUUAAAAACUUUAAAACUGCUUCAACUUACCUGACCUCUCAGGAAACAGCUAUCAGAUUUAUGAAUGUUAUUGGUCCGUUGCAAAAAAACUUUAGAAUCUUUUGUUUUCGAAAAAACGUCGUGAUUGGAUAAUCUUCUUCCAGGUGCCCCGGUCCGGGUAGUCCCACUUGUAAAUAUACCUUCUUUAUCCUUGAAUAGUACCGAAUAUCAAAAAACCAAAUUGCUUCAUGGAAAAGUACUGAAAGGGCGGUUUCUUAACUAAAGGAAAGUUUCUACCCAUAUUAAGCUCCGUUCAUUUAGCCAAGAUACUUGAAAUAAUAAUGUAUUGCGUUUCCACCUUGGUUAUGCGUGAAGGUGGUGCAACAUGAUGUGCUCAUUUAACCCCCACCUAAAAAAAAGCAAUUCCCAAGUCCCCGUAAUAGUGACCAUCAUCAAUUUUCUCCUAACAAUCUUGAUCCAUAUUUAAGAGAAAAGGUUAUGAGAAUAAACAACCUGAUCAAUGGAACGUAAGGUACAGCUUUGCAUUUUUUAAUUAUCUUGUGUUUUGUAACUUGCAGCCCCUACGUGUGACGUGCAAUCUCAAAACCGUUAUGAAUGUGGAUGGCUGGGAAUCGAUAAACAAACCUGCUUGAUGAGAGGCUGUUGCUGGGAUGAAAGCGAUCCAGACGCAAAAUACUGCUACGUUAAAAAACACACGAGUAAGGCUUUAUUAGGUGACAGUGCAGCUAAGAGAGGCCCUGUAAAAAAGUUUGGUGAUGGCGUUUUUGCGACUCAAAAGCCUGUAUACUCGCAAGUUUUCGAAAGACGUCACAAACUUACGCUUAAGGUUAUGAGCUCCUGACGCUUAACAUUUCCUUGAGGAAGGAAAAUUGAUUGGACGACUUCGUAACCAGGAGCAAAUAUUUUCCAGUUAAAAGUUUUUUUUCCUUUUGAAACAAUUGAAGAUAAAUCUGCAUUAAUGGCAACCCAAAGAUGUUCCUUUUGUUACAGUACCAUACAAUAGGUAUAGAAUACAAUGCAAUGCAACGUGAUACAAUAAGAUAAACACAAAUAAUCUCUAGAUUUAUCAAACUGUCUUUCAAAAGUAAAUUUUUCUAAGCCUGCGAUCACUUGAAUACCUUCACUUGUCUGCAGAAAACUAUAAAAAAAAUUUCUCCUCACAGUCGGCACCUGAGCUCGCCAUACGGUCAUGUGACACUGGUCAGCGGGUAUUCUAUNGUCACAAACUUACGCUUAAGGUUAUGAGCUCCUGACGCUUAACAUUUCCUUGAGGAAGGAAAAUUGAUUGGACGACUUCGUAACCAGGAGCAAAUAUUUUCCAGUUAAAAGUUUUUUUUCCUUUUGAAACAAUUGAAGAUAAAUCUGCAUUAAUGGCAACCCAAAGAUGUUCCUUUUGUUACAGUACCAUACAAUAGGUAUAGAAUACAAUGCAAUGCAACGUGAUACAAUAAGAUAAACACAAAUAAUCUCUAGAUUUAUCAAACUGUCUUUCAAAAGUAAAUUUUUCUAAGCCUGCGAUCACUUGAAUACCUUCACUUGUCUGCAGAAAACUAUAAAAAAAAUUUCUCCUCACAGUCGGCACCUGAGCUCGCCAUACGGUCAUGUGACACUGGUCAGCGGGUAUUCUAUGACAGUUGACAGCUGUUAAUUGAUCAUGACAUGGAUGUAGGGUAAGACACUUAAUAUCCGCUUACAUGAGCGGGUGGACGUACGCAAGUACGUACGAACCAUUUUCUCAGAACCAAAAUUUCUUGGAUGCAUGGAUAACCGAAUUUUCUUGCCCAUGGUGCUCCGUUGCGCGAGAGCUCCACUAUAAAUACGUACUAUUAUUUUGUUAAGAAUCAUCACUGGUUAAUAAAGGGUAUACGGAUGUUAAAAUCUAUACAGAUCUUCCUGAUGGACUUUGUCCCGUGGCUCCUUCUGAACGUGUGGAAUGUGGAUAUUACGGGAUAACAAAGGAGGAAUGUCUUAACAAAGCAUGCUGCUGGGAUGAAACAGUUACAAUGCCCGGUGCUAGAUGGUGCUUCAAACAGCCGAGUAAGUUGAGUUCGUAAAGUAAAAGUCCACGGUAUACGUUCAAUCAUGCUGUACAAAGUCAUAUAUUCGAGGCUUAAAGGAGCUGUGUCACGAAAUUCAGCCAAAUGAGGAAAUUACAAAGUGCCCGUUAAAUUAAGAGAAACAUAAAAUAACUGCUUAAAACAUCAAAGGAAGGUUAAAAUAACAUAACAGAAACAACAGAUGCCACGGAUGGGCAAAACUGUAGAAGAUUGAAAAGGAUUGAAAUUAGGGUUCUUGGAAACUGUUCAGCCUAACAGUUUUUCGAAGUUGAUCCCUGCUACUUGCAACUUCAAAAAUAAUGCUCAGGAGGCAUAUUUGUUUGUCUCGGAUCUCUGAUUUUGUCAUUUACCUGUAACUUCUUACUUUAAGUUCCGUAGCGAUUGAGGGCGAGUAAUUGGCAAAAUUAAACAAAAUGAACUGGACUGCCGUGACACAGCCCCUUUAACUCGGUGGUAAAACGGCCAAAAAAAACGUGCAACUUGUUUUGCAAAAUUACUGCAAACGAGUUGAAUAGCGAUGUUGCUUGUUUUACCACCCACCUUCAAACCUGUCUUGCAACAAAUCAGGUUCUUGAUGGUUGCAAACAUUUGCUGCAGAAAGUAGAGAGUAGUUCUACUUUUUGUAACAACAUCUGUACAUGUUGCGCGAUUUAGCGGCCCAACCUCGUCCCCACGGUUCACUAUUUUUUUUUUUUGUAACAGGAGUUUAGGCUUAGUAACCAACCAAAUUACGACAAGCAAUGAGCACCUUACGAGUUUCAGUCUGCCAAUAUCAUCUUUUCCAAAUGAGGACAUAACCCACACAACCUAAAAAUAGAACAUGAUGUGAUCUUUUUCUUACUUGUGACAUCUCGAUCUUAAAUUAUUUCUGCGCAAAAAGCAAUAACGACCCCAAUAACAUAUUUAUUUUUUAGACAUAAAAACAGAAGUAAUGGAGAGGAGAAGGGUGACCUCAGGUUACCAUUGUAGCAAAAUUUCUGGAUCACAAGAAUCUUUCUUGACAGCGACGGCCAUUUGCAUUGUCAAACGAUGGAAGAAAAGUAUGGGCUGCCGUUUUGUUCCUGAGUGUGAUCAUGCAUAGGAAAAUAAGACAUGUUAACCUUUUCGCUAUUUUCUGUCAUAUCAGCGGGACCACGGUUUGUUGAGACCCAGAAACCAUGACAACCAAGGCAACGUGAUCUAACGACUUCUCCUCUCUAUGCUAUUUAUAGUCUAGAAGCAGACUCGUACCCAGUCGCUAUUUAAGUGUUUUUUGGGGUGAGAGAAGACUUGGGAUUAGGUUGAGGCGCUCAGGGUCUCAUGGGCUAUUUUUCCUUCUUCUCUUCCCAUGAGACCCUGCGCGCGCCUCAACCUAAUCCCCAGUCUUCUCUCACCCCAAGAAACACUUGAAUAGCGACUGGGUACGAGUCUGGUCUAACUGGUACCGUUAGGUUAAUAGUCUGAUCAUCGUGUGGUGCUAUUAAUUUCUAGUUGAUAAUCCACCUCUUGGUUGCUACAUAUACCACGGUAUCGGAGGUACCUGCAAGUACGUAUGUGAUAAAAAUGAAAGGAAAAUCUACGGAAUGUCCCAGUGUAAAGGCCGCAUCUGUUGUGUUAAAUAG